GGGCGUCGAGCCUCAAUGCUAACAGUCCCCUUGCUAGCUGGUGCUUUGAUGCCAAUCUGUGAAGCAUUUGGCUCUGGCAUUCCGAACAUCACGUGGAUUCUCCCAACUGGCGAAGUAAUCUCCUCUCAUGCUGUUUUCUCCACUGCAUUUAUACUUCUUCUAAGGUUAUGGAGAUUUGACCACCCACCACUAGAUUAUGUCUUGGGAGAUGUUCCGCCGGUGGGCCCUCAAUCAAGCCCUGAAUAUCUUUUGCUAGUGAGAAACUGCCGUUUAGAAUGUUUUGGAAAGUCCCCAAAGGACCGCAUGGCACGUCGAAGAUUUUCAAAAGUCGUAGAUAUCUCUGUGGAUCCCAUCUUCAUGGAUUCAUUCCCCAGACUGAAACAGUGGUAUCGGCAGCAUCAGGAAUGCAUGGCUUCGAUUCUAUCUGAACUAAAGACCGGAAGCCCAGUGCAUCACAUUGUUGAUUCCCUACUUAGCAUGAUGUUCAAGAAGACAAAUAAAGGUGGUAGUCAGUCACUAACUCCAUCUUCAGGAAGCAGUAGUUUAUCUACUUCUGGGGUGGACGACUCUUCCGAUCAACUCAAGAUACCUGCAUGGGAUAUCUUGGAAGCGGCCCCGUUUGUGCUUGAUGCUGCUCUUACUGCCUGUGCUCAUGGAUCACUCUCUCCCCGGGAAUUAGCAACAGGUCUUAAAACCCUUGCCGAUUUUCUGCCAGCAACACUAGGAACCAUGGUUAGCUAUUUUUCUUCGGAAGUAACACGAGGUCUGUGGAAGCCAGUUUCCAUGAACGGAACUGAUUGGCCUAGUCCUGCAGCAAAUUUAGCAAGCGUUGAGCAACAGAUAGAGUUGAUCUUAGCAGCUACUGGCGUUGACGUCCCAAGGCUUCCAGCAGAUGGAAUCUCUGCGGCUACACUUCCCUUGCCUCUCGCUGCACUUGUCAGCCUCACUAUAACCUAUAAGCUCGAAAAAGCAACAGAGCGCUUCCUUGUGCUUGUCGGACCGGCCUUGGACGCCCUUGCUGCCGCUUGCCCCUGGCCCUGCAUGCCGAUUGUGACAUCGCUGUGGACCCAGAAAGUGAAGCGCUGGAGCGACUUUCUUAUCUUCUCAGCGUCCAGAACUGUGUUCCACCACAACAGCGAUGCUGUUAUACAGCUCCUCAGAAGCUGCUUCACUUGCACUCUUAGUCUAACGCCGACCUCCCAACUCUGCAGCUAUGGGGGAGUGGGCGCACUCCUUGGCCAUGGAUUUGGGUCUCUUUACUCUGGUGGAAUCUCAACAGCUGCACCAGGAAUCUUGUACAUAAAAGUGCACCGAUCAAUCAGAGACGUCAUGUUCCUGACAGAAGAAAUUCUCUCCCUUCUGAUGUUCUCUGUGAAGAGCAUCGCCACCACGGAGAAACUGAAGAAAACGAAAGAUGGUCUGAGGUAUGGGGUUGGACAGGUUUCACUCUCUCAGGCGAUGACGCGUGUUAAACUGGCAGCUUCACUGGGAGCCUCGUUGGUGUGGAUCUCCGGUGGCCUGAAUCUGGUUCAGGCUCUGAUCAAGGAGACAUUACCAUCUUGGUUCAUCUCAGUUCACGGAGAAGAAGACGAGUUGGGAGGUAUGGUACCGAUGCUAAGAGGCUAUGCGUUGGCCUACUUUGCAAUCCUGAGCAGUGCAUUCGCUUGGGGAGUGGACUCGUCAUCUCCUGCCUCAAAACGUCGGCCAAGGGUUCUGUGGCUGCAUUUGGAGUUCGUGGUGAGUGCUUUGGAAGGGAAGAUAUCGCUAGGUUGCGACUGGGCCACAUGGCAAGCUUACGUAACUGGCUUUGUGAGCCUGAUGGUGCAAUGCACGCCGGCUUGGGUGCUAGAGGUGGAUGUGGAAGUGAUAAAGAGGCUAAGCAAAAGUCUGAGGCAAUGGAAUGAGCAAGACUUGGCUCUCGCUCUACUAUGUGCCGGCGGCCUUGGGACUAUGGGUACAGCUACCGAACUCAUUGUCGAGACUUGCCAUCAACUUUAGCUUUACGUCUCUCUCUCAACUCAUGGGUUUAUAUCGAAACUGUGAUCAUCACUUGUAUUUUUCAAAUUAGCGUAUGUUAUAUAACAUUUUGAGUAA